UUUUUUUUGUCUUUCUGCUAUACGGUUGUUGUGUACGGACCAGAGUGGCCAGGCCAGGGGUGCAUUGUGUGUUGCUCCUAGCUCUGAGCAGGUUUUGCACUCAGGACCUUAUUGAUGGGUCGCAAUGAAGUUGUCGAAUCGAAACGAAACAAGCGGAAAACAGAAGGAUAACUUGGCUGACGUUUAGCGUGCUAUUUUUUUAUUACGACGAAUAAGUUCAAAGUACCGGAGACUUGCUUGUCAUACUCUGCAGAAGAGUUUUUGUAUAAGGAUACCUUCCCCCUCCCAGCAGUUCACGACUCUCACUUUCGGUCGUCUGUGGCGUAACAACGAUAAAGAUCUGGGCGAAGGGAGAUUUGUAUCGGAGUAAUCGCAGUGCAGUAGCAGAGCGAAGCAAAAAGUUGUGUGAAGUGAAACGACGAUAUAUAUUUAUAGCGUAAUUCUCGUUUGUUUUGCUUUCCUGUGACCGAUCUGGCCAAAUUGCUGUUUAGAUUUGUUCUUUUUUUUUCUCUUGCCAACGAGAAGGAGCGGCGUGCCCCUGGUGUAUGAUUUCAUUAAGUGUUGUUUUUCUCAUUCGUCUCGUUCUGGUUUUAUAAUUAGAAGUCGCUGAGGACUUCUUUCCUCGCAUUUUUAUUUAUUUUUAAUUACCCUCAGUUUUAUUGUGUAAACAAAGUUGUAUUUUCGGGUGUUUGACAAACCUCCAGAGAAAAGCCAGCAUAUUUUGUUGGUUGUAGGGGAAAAGGCGGAAGACGCGGUGUGAUAGAGUGCAGUGCUAUAAAAUCCAGAGGAAAAAAGUGAAGAAAGUUACCUCGGCCGGGGAAGUAAGAGUUCAACAAACAACGGAACACGCGCGCGAUAAAAAAAAAGUUUGACGAGAAUGUGAAGAGUUCGAGUUCCAAGAAGAAACCGUUAAGUAGAAGAACAAUGAUGCAGCUUAAAAUUCGCUCCUUCUUCCUCUUUUUCUGUCUGUACCUGGUUGGUACUGCCACCAGCCAUCGAUCGUAUCUGCGAAGUUUUCAAACGCAAAACGUUAUCGAUCCAUGCUACGAUGAGGAUCGCCCAAGACGCUGCAUGCCGGACUUUGUGAAUGCCGCCUUCGGUGUUCCGAUCGAUGCGUCUUCCAUUUGUGGCAAAGAAAAACCUACUCGGUACUGUGACUAUAAAGAUCAACAGGCACGAAACGAGUCGGUGUGCGAUAUUUGCGAUGAAACAGAUCCUACCAAACGGUUUUCGCCGCUUUCUCUGACCGAUGUACACAAUUCUAACAAUGUAACAUGCUGGCGUUCUGAGCCCCGCGUAGGUUCGGUGGAUCCUGGCUCACAACCGGACAAUGUUACGCUAACUCUCUCGCUGGGUAAAAAGUUCGAACUUACCUAUGUCAGUCUAAUGUUCUGCCCUUACGCCAUUCGACCCGAUUCGAUGGCCAUCUUCAAAAGUGCGGACUAUGGCAAAACAUGGCAACCGUUUCAGUUCUACAGCUCUCAAUGCCGCAAACUCUAUGGACGUCCCAUUCGGGCUACAAUUUCUAAGACCAACGAGCAAGAAGCUCGCUGCGUUGACCACAACCGAUAUAACGCCGACGGCAUACAAGGAUCGCGGAUUGCGUUUAGCACCUUGGAAGGCCGUCCGUCAGCGCAAGACUUCGACUCCUCACCAGUGCUUCAGGAUUGGGUUACCGCAACCGACAUUCGUGUGGUAUUCCACAGACUUCAGCCGCCAACCACCACGACAAUCCUAAAAACUCAAUCAUCCGAGCAGAUCAAGUACAAGAAGAGCGAAUACAUUUCGAAGGAGAUUUUCACGCCACCAUCGGCCGGCGUUUCCACCUACGCCCUGUCGGACUUCGCCGUCGGUGGACGUUGCAAGUGCAACGGGCACGCCUCCAAGUGUAUCAAGGGAGUGGACGGCAAGCUGGAAUGCGACUGCAAGCAUAACACGGCCGGACGUGACUGCGAGCGCUGCAAGCCGUUCUACUUUGAUCGGCCAUGGGGACGCGGAACGGUGCGGGAUGCGAACGAGUGCAAAGCCUGCAACUGUAAUGGCCAUGCGCGAAAAUGUCGCUUCAAUCUGGAACUGUACAAGCUGUCCGGGCGGGUUUCCGGAGGAGUUUGCAUCGACUGCCGGCACGAUACCACCGGCCGGCACUGCCACUACUGCCGGGAGGGCUUCUACAAGGAUCCGUCGAAGGCGAUCACGCACAAGAAGGCAUGCAAGCCGUGCGACUGUCAUCCGAUCGGUUCAUCAGGCAAAAAUUGCAACCACACAUCCGGUCAGUGCACUUGCAAGGAAGGCGUAACGGGACUAACCUGUAAUCGCUGUGCCCGCGGCUAUCAACAGAGUCGAUCCCAUAUCGCACCGUGUAUCAAGAUUCCACGUGUUACGAUGGUCAACCACCAGGCACAGAACACUGCCCCGGACUCCUAUCAGUACGAUCCAGAUGCAAGUGAAAGUACCAAAGAGAACUGCGGCAAAUGUAGAUUUGACACGAAACGAUUAAAUCUGAAUAAAUUCUGCAAGCGUGAUUAUGCGAUCAUGGCAAAGGUUAUCGGUCGGACGACAUCGCCCAGCGGCAAGCAGCCGUACAUGUCCCGUGACGAGGUUCGAUUCAACCUGCAGGUGCAGACGGUAUUCAAAUCGACCAGCCCCCUGCUAGGGGCGACGACCCAGCGAAAGGCCAGCGUCGGGCUGCUGGUGCCCAACAAAAACCUGGACUGCCGGUGUCCGAGUAUCAAGAUCAACAAAUCAUACCUAAUAUUGGGCAUGGACUCGAAGCAGAGCCCAGACUCGCUGGUACUGGGACCGAAGACAAUUAUCAUCGAAUGGAAGGACGACUGGAAUCGGCGGUUGAGGCGGUUUCAGCAGCAGUCCGGAUCCUGUUACUAAACACGGGAAACACGGUGUAUGUCAAGUCAAUUUGAGGCAUGAAUGGGACUCGAGUGAAUGAGCGAGGGGAAAAUAUGCUUUAUUCGUACGUUUAAGCAAACAAAUUCUGAACGCAAAUAUACGCAAAUUUGAAGCGGCCAAAACCGGAAAAGAAAAAAAAACAAAUACAAACGCAUCCUUACUCAAAUGUAUUAUUAACGUAGCCAGUAAGAGUUGAUUGUGCUUGAAGAAGACUACGAGAUUUGAAGUAUCUAUUUGCAAUGUGUAGAAAUGAUUCCUGGAUCGCGUACCAAUAGAAAAGCCGGAAAUAGUCUUUCCAACAAUAGUAUUUUUGUCUCUGUCAGUGCCAUGGAUAUUUAAUUAGCAAGUGACGAAAUGCGAUUGAAGAAGUCAAAACAUCACCAGCGAGUGCAGAACGGUCGUUCGCGCUUGAAAAUAGAUGCAAUAACAUGUACAAUAAACAAGUCUAUACAGUGUACAAUUUCGAUUUAAGAUUGAGUCUUAUUCAGAAUAAAAAGCGAACUUGUGUUUCAAGAGAUUCAACUUUUCGCAGUCAGCCAUCGUUGUUGAAGUAAGUCUUACCUUUUCUCUCCAUUAUCAUUAGACAGUUAUUGAAUCUACCUGCAAGUUAGGGAAACUGUAUUCGAGUUUAUGUAAAUAGAUCUUGCAAUUAUUAUUCUCUAACCAUUCUAAUCUAGCCCAUAUUUAGAGAGUCUAGAAGCAACAUUUGUUGUACAAACUUCCAGCAGGUUUGUACGACAAAUGCUGCGUAAUAGUCUGAAUAUGAAACGUAACAAAUAUUUUUAAGAUUUUGAGAACCUGUCAAGAAAUAACGAAUUGAACCACAAUCGUAUGAUUAAAUGCCAAUCAAAAUAAAAAAAUAUUUAAUUCAUAACUUUAUACAUAUUGUGAUCAUACUCCUGUAUAUAGAAUCCAAAACCAAUCGGUAACCCACGUUCGUAGGUAUAAACAACCAACAGACAAACGAACAAACAGAAAAUUUAACCUAUAUAUCCACUGUUAGGGAACUAAUUUAAAACUCAUUCAACAGAUAGCACAAAAUAUUGCAGCCCAUUGGUCAAUGAUUUCUGUUUAUUAGAUUUUUAAUAAGUGUUUUCCUACUGUUCCAUAUCAUUGUAUAUCCGCAGUUGCAAGAGAAAAAACAAACCAAUGCACUAAACUGUUCGCCAAAUUGCGCACUAACACAUUGUAGUCCAGUGCAUCUGCAUCUUCCCGAUAAAGUCCCACCUCCCCCAUGAAUCACUGUCGAUGGGAAACAAAAGAAUAGCUGAUCAAUGUAUUAACCAACGUAAUUCUCUUAGUGUUUUGAAUGCUUUAUUUUUUGCGCGAAACAAUUGAAAGAAGGAAAAAUUCGAAAAUUGUUCACCACACGACAUUCGCUUAAGAUUGCACACAAUCGAAAGGAGUGAAGAAGAAACAGAAAACAGAAACAGUAUACUUUGUAUUGUAAGUUAGCGACCAGAAGCGCAAGGCGGAGAGCGAAAAAAAGGUAAUAAAAUCAUUAAAUUAUUUUAUAUUAAACAGAA